AUGGAGACGUCGGUGCCCAAGAGGCGCAAGACGUCACCAAACACGGCAAUUCCAGUCCAGCCCCAGCCAGGGCAACAGCCGACUGUAAACCCAAAUGACACGCCGUCCCAGCCAACCAUCGCAUCUAAACGACCGUCAUUUGCGUCUCCGACCAGAGCCAGCCUUGAGAGACACAAUCCCGAGAUUUUGCGCCGCCGGGAAAGCUUGCCCAAGCGACCAAAGGGCGAUCGGACGAGCGCCUCCCUCUCUGCAUCGCGCCCGACCACUCCCGAGAGCGACAAGACGUUAGCCUCGCAAUUAGGGCAGCGUCCAGCCAAGGCGGUCGAUGCGGCUGCCGGUUCGCAGAAGUCCCGAGCUAAUGACGCGGGAGCGGCGUCUCAAGGCGACAAGGGGAAGGGAGCCCAACUACGAUCGCCUGCGAGGAGGCCGGGCCGCCCUAAGCCGAACCCCAGACCACUGCCGCCGCGGGGUCCCGAAGACGACGACGAAGAGAUACUGAAUCCAUUUGCAGGCCGCAUGCUGCGACGGUCACCGGCCAGCGCGAUCCCAGAGGUCGUGGAACCCGAGCCGGAGCUCCCUCCCACGCCCGAGCACCCUGACCCGGUGGUUAGCACGCCGCCCUCCGGCAUACACAACACGGCGUCGAAGCGUCCGAGGCGGAGCAAGGCGCUGGCUGAAAGGAUUAAGGGCUCUUCGCCACUAAAACAACCUGCCCUGGCGCCACCGGAGAAUCCGCAGGAGAAGCCGAAAGAGAAGCCGCGAGAGAAGCCGCAAGAGAAGCCGCAAGAGAAGCCGCAAGAGAAGCUGCAAGAGAAGCCGCAAGAGAGGCCGCAAGAGAAGCCGCCAGUGAAGCCACAGGGGAGGGAAUCCCGAUCAAAACCGCGGAGCAAGUCGAGCAAAAGAGGGGGUGCCUUGCACCCGCCGAAGUCACAAGCCUCAAAGCCACAAACAUUGGACGAGCAGCGCGGGAUAAAGCCCUUCGAUCCCCAUGCCGAGAAGAAGAAGUUGCGGGACUCGCUGCUCGCCGAGGUCGCAAAGCUCGAGCGCGACCUGGAUGUUGCGACGGGAGAAAACGAGCGCAUCCGACAGGCACGGCUCGGUAGCCGCGAGCCCUCUCCCCCGGCCAACGGCGACGAGAUUGUCCGUCUUCUGCAGGACCAUGUGCUCCCUCCAGAGAAGGAGGCUGAGCCAGAGCACUUCCCUUCCCCAGCCUGGCUCGCCGCGGCCCUGGACCCGCUGCGAUUUCUCCCAUUCAACAAACAAGAUGCGCACAACAUGCCGCUGCCCACCAUCUUCCCCAGGCCAGGCAGUGCUGAACCUGCCGAGGAGGCGGAGACCUCGCCCGUCUCGCACCACCCGGUCCCCAUGACGGCCAAGGAGGCGCUCCCGUACCUGCAGGUCUUUACGUCGCUGGCCUUCACCUCGCACAUUUCGCCGCUGCCGCGCGAAGCACGAAGCGCCGGCGGAGCCCUGCUCCAGAGACACUCGAUCAGCGCCACGUCCACGCUGCCGCCGGGGCUGUUCGCGGCGCGCAUCGAGAUGACCGUCAACACCAAGACGUCAGCGGUGACGGAGCUGGCGGUGCCGCGGCUCGACCCGGCGGCCGCGGCCGAGCUCGGCCCGUUCAUCGAGCGCAUUGUGGCUGCACCUACCAGAACCAGCAGCAGCGCCCUGACCAACAACGUCAGCGUCCUGGCCUGGGCCAUGGGCGAGUGGCUGCGCGUCGCCGCGCGGCGGGCCAAGGUCUGGAGCGUGCUGGAGCGCGAGCUCGCCGACAGGCGCGCGCUCGCCGACAUGGUGGCGCGCUCGCGCGUGCGCAAGAAGCAGCGGCGCCGGACCCGCCGGCAGGCCAAUGCGCGCUCGGGUGGUGACAACGGCGACGACGACCAGCGCGAAGAUGACGCCGACGAGGACGGCCAGGAUGCCGAGGGCGGGAAGAAGAAGGGUGCCGCCGCCGCCGCCCUCACUGCCAAGGACUUGCUGCCGUUCAUGGGCCGCACGAGCAUCGACUUUGACAUUCCGGUCCUGGACGCGGCGGAUGCGGAUGCGGAUGCCGGCGCCGGCGCCGGCUCGGUCUCGGCGCUGCGCGUGCAGUGGCGCAUCGACUUUGACUGGACGGGCGAGGCGCGGAGCGAUAUUGGCGUGCUGGUCAGCCUGCCGGCUAAGUGGUAUAAACACGACGAGCGAGGCGAGCUCUCGCGCAUCCCCGCCCUGUUCGACAAGCUCAUCCGCGGAGGCGAAGACCCCCUGGCCGCCGUGCGGACCGUCGUCUCGCUGCUGGCUGGAGAGCUGCGGGCGGCAUGA